GAUCCGAUUUUUUUACUUAUAAACAAAAAGUUUUGACUUGCAGUUUAAUGCUUAUUUACAAGUUAAGUAGCAAAAAUUUUUAACCAUGUCUGACGCAGCAGCUAAAGGAGGAAAACAGGCACCUAAAGUAGCCAAGAAAGGUGAAAAAAGAGCCGGCAAAAAAGGAGGAAAGAUUGGUGGAACUGGUGAAAAGAAACGCAAGAGAAAGAGAAAGGAAAGUUAUGCUAUUUACAUCUACAAUGUUUUGAAACAAGUUCACCCAGAUGUCGGAGUUUCAAGCAAAGCUAUGAGCAUCAUGAACUCAUUUGUCAACGACAUCUUUGAGCGCAUUGCUUCCGAAGCUUCGCGUUUGGCUCUUCAAAACAAAAAGUCGACCAUCUCUUCUCGUGAAAUUCAAACCGCAGUACGUCUUCUCUUGCCUGGAGAACUUGCAAAACACGCAGUCAGUGAAGGAACAAAAGCCGUCACAAAAUACACAAGCAGCAAGUAAACCAACGUCUACCAAACACAAACGGUCUUUUUUAAGACCACACAUCUUUAAAAAAACAUUUACUUGGCGUCACUACAAGUUAACCGAAGUUAAUAAAACUUCUAAAUAAUGUGCUUAAGAACACUAGCCUACAUUUAAAAUACUUCCCCAUGUGUGUGUGUGGAUUAGCUUCACUUUUCAUACGUAUUAUUAGCUGUACUUGCAGAAAAGACAAGUACAUUGAUCCAUGUUAUUGCUUACAUUUAACUUAACCCAGCUUUUCACGGAAACACUCC